ACAAAAUCGAUUCCCAAAUUUCAGAGAGGGUAAACGGAAACCCUAACUCUCGCAGAUCCGAAAGAAGAAGACGCUAAGCAAAGUAGAUCGCCAUGGAUUCAGUUGCUCGAAGAACAGGCGGAGGCCUUUUCGAAGGCCUUUACAGAGUGAUUAUGCGGCGGAACUCCGUCUACGUCACCUUCAUCAUCGCCGGUGCUUUCCUCGGAGAAAGAGCUGUGGAUUAUGGAGUUCAUAAGCUCUGGGAAUACAACAAUGUUGGGAAACGAUACGAAGACAUUCCGGUUUUGGGGCAAAGGCAGUCAGAAGAAUGAAGUUUCUAAUCUCUCUUUGACUAUUUCAUAGUUUUCACACCUCUGGAAAGAGUAUGCAAUUAUGCACUUUGUAGUAAAUUCCAAUUUUUGCAAUAAGCAUUUCUCUGCAUUGAUCAUAUUUCUUAAUGAUGGUUACAUUGAAUAUGGAGUUUGGAGUUGUUGCUAAGUUUGAAUUCUGUUAUUACAACGAGGAGCAUUGUUUUGUUUGGCUUCUGA